UUGUUGCAACGCGCCCACUAUGGCUAACUGGCGACGGGAAUAUUCAGACUACCAGCGCUCCUACACGGACGACAAGUUUGCACGGCGCAGACCUUCAUACUCUCCAAGGAGACAGGUAAAGAUGGAUUACCAUGACCAUCCCCGCAAUUAUGGAGACUGCAGCUACACGCAAGUUGUACGAGAGGGAUGCCCACGUACUGCCAGACCUCCCGCUAGCCAGUUUGCGCCACGGAGCUACACCAGCGCUCAACGGGCACACAACCACCGCGAACCACGGCUGGAAGACGACCACCUUUACGCCCGACGGAGAAGAGGUUCCAACUACCGCCGACCGGGACGUCAACCGGCUCCCUCCGCUUCCAGGGUACGUGAUCAACAAUGGGGACGACGGGGACCAGCUAGGAGGGUCUCGCCGCCUAACAAGCCCACUGUAGACGAGGCUAAUUUUACCCUGAAAACCAGGGCAAUAUUCAGACUUAUAAAAGCCACUCACCACCUGGCUAACGUUACGGCGGACCAGCCGCCCGCCUCUAUUACCAAGAUGAUGAAUCAUUUGGCUACCUCCAUAAAACCAGCAGCCCCUACGGCGCUAACGCUAUCCCACAUUCAGGGAAACGCCAUGAACUGGUCCCACACUACACUGAUCAUUUUGAGGGACCACUAUCAGGAGGACAUUGAUAACAUAACACAAGUUCUAAUCCAAUUAGAAGCGUGGGACUGGGCCCGCAACCUGGACAUUGCCUCAAAGUGGGCAAAGAAUCAAUUUGGCCGCAGACUGAGGACAACCACCUUGAAACAGGUACGGGAGACCCUCGGACAAAAGGCACCCAAGGAGCAGAGAACCAGGAGGGUCAGCAUGGCGACCAUCCCCCUUCAGGGCCCCUGUGUGGCGACGGGAGAAUGCACAAUUCAGACAUCAGAUGACGAGGAGGAGACACGGCCUGUCACCCUAGUUCCUGACACAGCUCCCCCCUCCCCUCAAGACUUACCACAGGUGGAGGUACAUUCGCAUCACCCCCCCAUUCUCCCCACACCACCCCAGACCAUAACAGCGGCCCAGACCAGACUCUCUUUUAGUAGGCCUGCUAUGAUCUCCACCCUGGUGACCAGGAGGCCCUUCCGACACCUCAACACCCUGAAUAAGAUGAAGGACUGGAGAAUCCACCACAAACAGAAAACCAUCAUCAUGGGGGACUCGAACGUCUACAGGAUACCCCCCUUCACCUACCAGUACAUCCAGAUUGACAGCUACCCCGGGGCCACCUUCAGACAUGCAGAGUCCAUCCUGGCCAAAUCCCAGGCCUCCCCUACGGUCCAGAAACUCAUCCUGGCAUUUGGAAUCAACAAUAAAGCACAGAGCCCGGAGAAGACCUCCAUCAGACAACUACAGGGUGCCAUCAGAAUGGCCACCAGGGCAUGCCCUAACGCCCAGGUACUGGUCCCUCUAAUUAAUUUCUCCCCAGAUUUACCCAAGCGAGAGAGGGACAACCUUACCAGACUGAAUGACUAUAUCUCCCAGCACCUCCUCGCCAUCCCGAAACUGCCAGAGGAACUCUUCAACACGGAGAAAGACAGAGUCCACUGGUCCCAACACACGGAGAGACGCCUCCUUGACCAUUGGGUGGCGUACCUAAACCCUAACCCUAACCCUAGCAAUGAGACGGGGGACAGGUAUGUCUUUAAUUUGUCUAAAUGUUUCACCCCUACAGGGGCACAACUCUCUCUGUUAUGCAGGGGACUAACCUUUAUCCCUGUAGUGGACGGCCACAGCAGCCUAAAAACCAGGAGCCAGAUCAGACACGAUAUUCAACAGUGCCACAGGAGGCUCAGGCUGGCCGUCUACUACAGGGACCAACCGGACUCCACACCACCUCCAUUCACUCACAGGUCGACCUGGGUCCCUCCCAGAGAUGCUAUGCCACCCAGUGUACUGAACCUGAUCUCCUCAGACUUAGAGUACUUCCAUAAUGAAUUUCGGACUAGUAGGUUGAAACCAAAUUUAAACCCAUGGGAAUUAGAAGCACAUAAGGCCCUAGUAAACAACAAAGAUAUUAUCAUUAAACCAGCAGACAAGGGCAGUGCCAUUGUGAUUAUGGACAGGGAGCAAUAUCUCUGGGAGGGAUACAGGCAACUACAAGACACCACAUGUUACACAAAGCUGCCUAAACCCAUCUACAAAGACACCAUCCCCAUGGUGGAUAAAAUCCUCAAAUCACUUUUCACAAAAAGGUUCAUUAACCACAAACAACUCCUUUACCUACAGGGGAACUCUGAACCCAGGGCCAGGCUAUUCUACAUGCUCCCCAAAAUCCACAAGCCCAGACCCUCAUGGAACAGAGCCGGGGAGAUUCCCCCAGGUAGGCCAAUAGUAUCAGACUGUGACAGUGAGACUUAUUACACAGCGGAAUACAUUGAUUCCUUUUUGAACCCUCUGUCUGUCCACCACCCCAGUUAUGUCAAAGAUACUUACCACUUUGUACAGAUUGUCCAAAACCUUGUUAUUCCAACUGAUGCCCUCCUAUUUACAAUGGAUGUCGACAGUCUAUACACAAAUAUAGACAUCCAGGAGGGUAUUCAGUCCAUCAGGAAUAUAUUCCACAAAUAUCCUGAUGCCAAAAGACCUGAUAAGGAGCUACUUCAAUUAUUAGAGAUCAAUCUGGCCAGAAAUGAUUUUGAAUUUGACAACAACUAUUUUCUACAAAUUAAAGGCACUGCCAUAGGCAAGAAGUUUGCUCCCGCUUAUGCCAACAUUUUCAUGGCUGAGUGGGAUACUUCUGCCCUGGCUGCCUGCCCAAAACGUCCUACUCAAUUCUACAGAUAUCUAGAUGAUAUAUGGGGUAUCUGGACACACUCCAAAGAGGAAUUCACAGUCUUCCUGAGCACCCUGAACAGCCACAACCCCUCCAUCAAAGUCAAAUCCACUAGUAGUGAUACUGCUGUAGACUUCCUGGAUACAACAGUAUACAAGGGCCCCAAAUUCAAUGAAACUGGCAAAUUAGACAUUAAAGUGUUCUUUAAAGAGACAGACACUCAUGCCCUACUAUACAGAUCAAGCUUCCACCCCCAGCAUACCUAUGCAGGUUUACUUAAAUCUCAAUUAUUGAGAUUUCAUAGGAUAUGCACGAGGAGGGAAGACUUUGAAUUGGCUACCCAAACUCUCUUUUCGGCUCUAAUCAAUAGGGGAUACACCCACACUAUGUUUAGAAAAGCACUCAAAUCAUAUUUAGACCCCAAACCUCAAAAUUUAGACACUCUACUGCCAGUCAUUGCUACCUAUUCGCCACACACGGUUCGGCUGCUCAGGGUGCUCAGGAACAACUUCAACCGAUUUUACCAGGAAUCAAACUUACUCCCUGAUCACAGCCUGAUUGCGGCCUAUAGGAGAAACAAAAAUUUACAAGAUUCACUUGUCAGAGCCAAAAUUAGGCCCCUCUCGGCUCCUAAAAGAACCACGGGUAAAGACAGCUUUUACAAACAUAAAACAUGGGCCAUCAACAACUCCACAAAGGAGGUCUACAAAACACAGGGGGACACCAGUGCUCUCACCAAGAAUUGUGUCUAUUUAAUUAGUUGUAAACACUGCAAACUGCAGUAUGUAGGGGAAACUAGGAAUAACCUACUCACCAGGUUUACCCAACACAGAUACAACAUCACCAGGAAAAGGAGCACUGGAGUCCCCCUCACUCAGCACUUCAUAGCACAGGGCUGGGACUGCCUGGAGGCUGUGGUCCUGGAGGCCAACCCCAGGUGGUCCACGGCCCAGAGGAGAAGAGCUGAAAAAAUUUGGAUUGCCAGAUUAGGCACGACACAACCGCUGGGACUGAAUGAGAGGUACAGAGGGAACCGAGGACAUGCAGAAAGCCCAGAAGAGGGACCCAAAAGACCCACCUCCCCACAGAGAAAGGGGUCACAACACGAUCCUCUAUCCCCCCUACUCUGCCUACCCCCCUGGAACUGAGUAAUUCCUCAGACUAUACCACAGAUGAGGACUCUGACCUCCCUGCUCCUCCUGUUACACGGAGGUGGAGGCCUACUAUUCACCCCCUCUGCAUUCCACCUACACCACAGAAGAUGCAGGGCUCAAAACCUAAAACUGCAAACCUUAUACUCACCCCAAGGGUCAGGUUACCGCCUACAACACCAAAAACUACUGUUUAAAGAUGUAUGCCCUUUGACCCCUGACAAGUAUACGGCUUACAUGAAUGCUUUUAAUGUGUUUAUGCCUCUUUACCCUUGUAGGGACACAGCUCUCUCUGCUGCAAAAAGACCAUUAGGCCCAAAUGAGGGGAGAGGACCUGGAGAUGCUCCACGGAACUGAGUUAAUGCGUUGGUGGGUCCCUGCGCUCAGCAAACCCCCUCCCCCAUACACAAACCUAACCCUAACCCUAACCCUAACCCUUAUCUAACCUUAACCAUCCCUGCUCCUUAUCUAAACUUAACCGUCCCCCCUGUGCCUAACCUUAACCUUCCUGGGACUUGCACAGAGGUAUGGAGCACUCACCAAAUUAACCUGACCCUAAACCUUAACCCUAACCCAGAGGACCCCACAUCUAGCCCUAACCAUUUCUAACCCUAAUCAGCCCCUGCCCUUACCUAACCCUAACCACCCUCCCCAUACCUCACCCUAACCCCACUGGGGGAACAGGUUAUCCCUAAUUACAACCCAGCCCUUAAUCUUACCCUAACCUUAACCCAUUGAACCCCAUACCUAACCUUAACCCUAUAUCCUGGAACCCUUGACCCUGACCCAAAACCCUGCCAGAAUUACCACUAGGCCCAUUCAGGCACCACAUAAGGGGUAUUCCUAUUGUAGCCUACUUUUUGACUAUUAUUUCCUUAUUAUUUUGGCAUGUUUCUAUUACUUUGUCACAUCCUUGGGUCAUUAUAACCUUGAUAUUUAUUGAUUAUUAAUUACUAUUCAUUUAAUUAUUUUUUAUUAUUUCCAGGGAGUUUUUUAUAGAUGGGCCUUCAAAACCUGUUAUUUUUUGAAAUUGCAUUGUACAUGUUUAAUACUUACCUAUGGGAGAGGAGUGCAUUUGAUAGAGUAUAGGGAUUGGCCGAAUUUUCAAAUUUCAAAUUGUAAGUGUAUUGUGCAUCACUGGGGAGCCAAUGAGAUGAGACUACGCUAAGGUAUAUGUUGUGUCCACUACCGGUUAACCGGCAUUCUCCAUCACAUACUUACCUGAUACUUACCUUUAGCCUGAUGAAGACCACGUUGUGGUCGAAACGUCGCUUUUUUCUGUAAAUACUUAUUGGAGAAUAUACAAUAAAAGAAAAAGAAACAGUUA